AUAAAUGGAAUUUUAUCUCUCCCACAAAUAUUGAUUUGAAAGGUGCAGAAGCUACACUUAAACGUUUUGCAAAUUACCCUGCAUCGACGAUCAAAGAUGAAAUCCUUUCCCGGUUGGUUUAUGAAAUAGGAAUACAAGGACGUGCCUUUAAAAAUUUAACAAAAGCAAGUUACAAAGAUAUAUCUCUUAAUUUAAACCGUAUUUCAAAUGAUUUUCAAUCUUAUAAAUCAAAUCUCGAAAAAGAACAAUACUCUCUUCAUCAGGAAAUUUCGAUUAUUAAAUAUCGUAGUAAAAGUGAAAAAACAGGUGCUAUCAAGAUGG